AUGCUCCUUUGGGGCGGCUUCGGCCUCGGUGUCCGUUUCUUACAACUCUCAAUCGAAAAGCGACCUUACUUCAACCGGGGCUCGCUGUGGGCGUGGCCUCUGUUCGCGGGCGUAGGAGGCACUUUCGGGUACUGGCUUAUGGGGAUUGAGGAGAGGCAGUUGGCUAUUCUUGGGGCGAGACGAGCGUCGAUAUUGGAGAAGAGGGCGAGGAGGAAGGAAGUUGUUGAGGAGGAAUCGUGA